CUCCGAACCCAAUAUCUUCCAAGAGACCCAGAAUCAAACGUGGGCUCAUCAGCUAUAGCACUCUCCCUCAUGUGCCCUCGAUUGCUCGUCUGCCGUCGGCGGUCAGGUACUGUUGUGUAGCAGCGACGUCGUCUAUCAGGUACUGUUCUCUCUUCUGGAACUGAGUCGUUAAAUCUUUCGUUCCAGAUCGAUACCGUACAGCAAUUGGGUACGCUCGAUCCAGAUCCAAAUCCGUAGGGGUUGAGCGAAUUAGGCAACUAUGUUUCUGAUGGUUAAAAUUGGUUUCUGAAUUUAUCACUUGUCUUUCGGAUGGAAGUAGCCUCUGCUAACAUUGAGCAAGUACCAGAUGGUGAGUGCAAUGAUAUUGUAACUGAUAGAGAUGGUGUCCUGACAGAAUUAGAUGUUCAAAAUGGUGUCCUUGAAGGAAGAAAGGAAUUUGUUGCCCCCGCUGUUGGAAUGGAAUUUGAGUCUUAUGAUGAUGCUUAUAAUUAUUACAACUGCUAUGCUAAGGAAGUGGGAUUUCGUGUUAGAGUGAAGAAUUCAUGGUUUAAGAGGAACAGUAGAGAGAAGUAUGGUGCAGUACUUUGUUGCAGCAGCCAGGGUUUCAAAAGAAUUAAAGAUGUAAACCGUUUAAGAAAAGAAACAAGAACUGGCUGUCCUGCAAUGUUAAGGAUGAGGUUAGUGGACUCCAAGAGGUGGAGGGUACUUGAAGUUACACUUGAACAUAACCAUUUGUUAGGUGCUAAGAUCUACAAAUCAAUUAAGAAGGUGGGAAGUGGAAUGAAAAGGAAGUCACAGUCAAGUUCAGAUGCAGAAAAACGAACAAUUAAGUUGUACCGAGCACUUGUGAUAGAUUCAGGGGUCGAUGGGACCUCAAAUUUGAAUCCAACAGAUAUCAGGAAUUUUCCUGAUCAUCCCAAUCAGUUGAACCUUAAAAAAGGUGACACACAAGCAAUCUAUAACUAUCUUUGCCGAAUGCAGUUGACUAAUCCGAACUUCUUUUACUUGAUGGACCUCAAUGAUGAUGGGCGGUUAAGGAAUGUGUUCUGGAUGGAUGCUCGGUGUAGGGCAGCCUGUGGUUAUUUUGCUGAUGUGAUAUACUUUGACAACACAUAUUUGUCAAAUAAAUAUGAGAUCCCACUAGUGGCAUUUGUAGGGAUAAAUCACCAUGGGCAGACAGUAUUGCUUGGUUGUGCCCUGCUUGCUGGGGAGACAACGGAAUCUUAUACUUGGUUGUUCAGAGCUUGGCUUACAUGUGUAUCAGGACAGUUUCCACAAACAAUUAUUACUGACAGAUGCAAGGCUUUACAGAGUGCAAUAGCAGAGGUAUUUCCAAGAUGCCAUCAUCGGUUUGGUUUGUCACACAUCAUUAAAAAAGUUCCCGAAAAAUUAGGAGGAUUGCGCAACUAUGAUGCCAUUAGGAAGGCAUUGAUUAAAGCAGUUUAUGAAACUCUGAAGGUGAUUGAAUUUGAAGCAGCAUGGGGAUUCAUGAUUCAGCGUUUUGGGGUUGGUGAUCAUGAGUGGCUUCAUUCUUUAUAUGAAGACCGAUUUCGGUGGGCUCCAGUUUAUUUGAAAGAGACAUUUUUUGCUGGAAUGUCGGCUGCACGUCCAGGUGAAACCUUAAGUCCAUUUUUUGACAGAUAUGUGCACAAACAAACUCCACUGAAAGAAUUUCUUGAUAAGUAUGAAUUGGCUCUGCAAAAGAAGCACAAGGAAGAAGCUCUUGCAGAUAUUGAGUCACGAAGCUCAAGUCCCACUUUAAAAACAAGAUGUUCCUUUGAGUUCCAGCUUUCAAAAGUUUACACAAGAGAAAUUUUCAAGAAUUUUCAAUUUGAAGUGGAGGAGAUGUAUUCUUGUUUUAGCACUACACAGUUACACGUUGACGGGCCAAUCAUAAUAUUCUUGGUCAAGGAGCGUGUUGUGGUUGAGGGAAAUAGGCGAGAGAUUAGAGAUUAUGAAGUUCUGUACAACAGAACAGCAGGCGAGGUUCGUUGCAUUUGCAGUUGCUUUAACUUCUAUGGGUAUUUAUGUCGACAUGCAUUGUGUGUGCUUAAUUUUAAUGGAGUGGAAGAGAUCCCUUCCAAGUACAUUUUGUCGCGAUGGAAAAAGGAUUUCAAGCGUAUAUAUAUUCCAGAUCAUGGCUCCAGUAAUGCUGAUGACACCGACCGCAUGCAAUGGUUUAAUCAGUUAUAUAGAAGUGCCUUGCAAAUUGUAGAGGAAGGUGUGAUUUCUCUUGACCAUUACAAGGUAGCAUUGCAAGCAUUUGAAGAGUCAUUGAAUAGGGUUCAUGAUGUAGAGGACAAACACGAAUGAGUUGUAAUGUUAAGGUGCGACAUAUUUUGUAAUUAUGAAUUUAGUUUUAUAUACCUUUUCCUCGUCUCACUCUUUCAUCAGAUGGCGGAAAGGAUAGCUUCAACCUGUUAUCUGUGAAGAAUGCCAAUACCAUAUAUAAGUAGGAAGCAUGAGAGGGUCAGCUUGUUUGUAUUUUUCCUCAUCUCUAUCAGAGAUUCACAUUAGUAAGAACUGUACUGUGAUUGUCCCUGCAAUUUUGCACAAUAGAUAUGAACCAGUCUUUGUUUUCA